AUGGCUCUGGACAAAUUCAACAGCAUCGUGCACGUGCUUGCACAGGCUGCGCGUCCUCUAUCGCCCACAGGAGUUCUCUCAGGGAAAACAUUUGCAGCCAAAGCUAACAUUGCCACUUCGCGUGCACCUGUGGACUGUGCUCUGCGAGUCUUGGAUUCAUAUACGGGCCCAUUCACCAGUACCGCUGUGCGUCUUCUUGAGCAGGCUGGAGCGGUUUGCAUUGGCACAACAAACAUGGACGAGUUUGGUAUGGGCCUGGCAUCGACACACAGUAGCCAUGGCGCUGUGGUGAAUCCUCAAUACUAUCCGGCAAACCACGUUGCCGGCGGUUCUCUGGGCGGUUCUGCAGCAUGCGUGGCGGCCGGCCUCGCUGAUUUUGCUUUGGGAACAGAUACGGGCGGCUCUGUGCGUCAGCCGGCCGCAUGGUGUGGUGUAGUUGGAUUCAAGCCCACGUACGGGCUGAUAUCGCGGUUUGGCGUGGUGGCUUAUGCACAGCUGUUGGAUACCGUAGGGAUUUUGGCGCGGCUGGUAAGAACAACGCGAGAUGUCUUUGGUGUUCUAGACAAGUGGGAUGACAAUGAUGUGACGGCACUUCCACUUCUGGUUCGCGGCCGAAAAGCGAAAGAAGGGCCGUGGGUGGUGGGCGUUCCCGAGCAGAUGCUAUUGGGCGAGGUGGGUCCCGAAGCGCUCGAAGCUUUGGAACUCGCGCUCGUGGGGCUUAAGAAGUUGGGCCAUAAGAUUGUUCCGGUUCUGAUCCCAGCGCUUUCACGCCUGUUGCUGGCGUACUACACUCUAGCCACAGCAGAGGCUGCAUCUAACUUGGCGCGGUACGACGGAGUUAGAUACGGUGAGAACGAGAAGGGCCAUUCUUUCGGAGUAGAGGUGCGCCGCCGUGUCCUUUCAGGCACAUACACGUUGUCUUCGGAGCUGGGUCUGCACUAUAAGCACGCCACGUUAGUUCGGGAGAAGCUUGUGGAGGAGCUCAACUGCGUGUUUGCUAGCGCACAUCUGUUCGUGGGUGUAGGGGAAAAACACAAGGAUGUGGCUAGAAAUGGGCCAGACUCGGGAAGUGGGGUUGACGUGCUCUUGGCUCCGACUGUUUUAGGCCGCGCACCUGAACGGGACGUCUACGACCAGAUCACUCGUAAUUUCAUCGAAGGAUACGCGGGAGACGUUCUUACCGUUCCAGCUUCCUUGGCUGGCCUUCCUACUGUGAGCGUGCCUUUUAACGGAGUAGGCAUUCAGGUGAUGGCACAGCAUGGAGAUGAUGCAACAGCACUCUCUGUUUCUGAGGCGGUGGAAACUAUAUUCGCACAGUAA